AUGGACAUAGAAGAAGAAGAAAUCUUAGACUUUGAAGAGGCAAUCGAUUUUAACUUCUCUGAUAACCCGGACGCUCUCAACACAGAGUUAUUAGAUGAGAGCAUGCUCGACCUCGAUGGUACCAUGGACUUUAACAUCGACGAGCCUCUUGAAAAACUGGAUAAAACUGCUAUAACACCUCCGCCAGAGGAUGAUCCAGAUGAGCUCAAACUAGGGCUCGACGAUGAAUUUGACCCCGAUUUCUUUAAGGAGUUCGGUAGUGGCGACAUUAACGAAAAUGAUGGGAACUUGGCAGAUGAUGAAUUCUGGAAAGAGUUUGGGUUGGAUUCGACCCAAGACAUUGAUAUUUUAGAUAAUGAUAAAUCUGAUACCAACAACACUGAAAAAGUUGAAAAGUCUGAAACUGACGAUAUCGAAGUUAAGUCUUCUCAAAAAGACGACAUCAAAAAACACGGUGAAGUGACUGUUCCUAAGGAAGAAGAAUCUAAAGAAACUAAAAAAUCAGAUUCCCUAAGUGUCAGUAAAUCAAUUCCAAGUACAAAAUCACCGGAAAAAGAAGAUGGAGAAAUUCCUACUGCUACUACGACCUCAGAUAAUCGUCAACAACAACAGAAAAAACAGCCAACACAAUCACAGCCACAAAGCGGUCCGGUGCAGAAGUCUACGCAGCAGCAACGUUCCUCUAAUCAGCGUCAGACAUCACAACAACAAUCAAACCACACACAACAAUCUAACCAAAAUUUCAGGAGAAGUGGUAUACGAAGAAAUAAUGAUUGGCGUCCGGGAAAUACCGGUGGAGAAUUUUUCAAUGGCACAUUUCGAACUGGUUUUGGUCCAGGAAUGGAAGGAAUGCCUGGCAUGCCCAUGGGGCAGAUUCCGAUGGGAAAUCCUAUGAUACCAAAUUUGCCCGGUCCUAUAAUUGGACCAAAUAUCCACGUUAAUCCAAACUUUGCAAGAUUACGACCACACGCAUUUUCAUUUACUAAUCCAGUGACACAAUUUCAGCCUAUUGGUUCUGGUGGUCCUCAUAUGAAUAUGAUGCCUUAUCAAAACCAAAUGGAUAUUCCACCUUUUCAUCCACCAAUGGGACCAAUGGUGGGAGGACGAAGUGGAAACAAUAAUUCAUUUUCUAGGGGUGGUUCAACAUUUAAUCAUCAUGCUAUUUCUUCACUUUCAAAACGUAAAACACCAGCUGAUGGUUUUGAACAAAAAGAACCAGCUAAUAAGAGAAAUGCUACCAAUGGCAAAUCUGUAGUUCAGGAUAAUAAGGAUAAUAAUAAAUCUAAUGCAUCUAAUACAGUGGAUCGUACCAAUAAAACUGCAAAUACUGCUUCCGAGAAAACUUUAAAAUCAGGAAUUCCUACGCUUGCAACUAAUAAAGAAACAUCAUUAAGUUCCAUUAAGACUAAGUCCAAUUCUAACCUCGCGGCUUCUGGAUCAGCUUCUAAUUCCAAACCAACUUCUGCCAAAUCGGUACUCAAACAAGUUCAAAGGACCGUCAAAAAUAAUCCGAUUAAAUCUCAAACAAUCGUUACGAAGCGUGAACUUCAAAGUUUAGCCAGUGCAGUUCCUGGAGGAUUUUCGUUGAUCACACUUGAACGAGUCGACAACUCAGCAGAGAUUACUUUCAAGACGCUCGAUGGAGUCAACUUGGAGGAUCAAAUGUCGUCAUCAACUUUUCUUAAACUAUGUUGA